GUUCCACCACUACAGACUGGCUGUGCUCCCUGCCCUGUCUCCAUGGAGACCAACUGCUACAGAGGGAGAGGAAGUUGGCCGAGGUGCAGACUCUGGUCCUAAAGGAGUGCCUGAGACGUAGAGAAGAGGCAGAGAAACCAGCUUCAAUACCAGUAAAUGACCUGAAGAUCUUGCUCAGCCUGGCCAGAGAACAGUACCUCAAGAUGCAUGACUCUACCCUGCCUAAAGCCUCUACCCUGCCUAAAGACUUUCUGCCCAGAGUUGAGCCCUGUGGAGCAGAGGAGGUGAACCUCACUACGAAGACUACAGAGUUCAUUAAACACUCCCAACAUGCUGAUUGGCCAGAGAGAAGUGUUCUGCAGAACUAUGAGAACCUCCAGAGGACUCGUCAGAAGCUGAGGUUUGGUCUGCUGUCUGGCAGCUCAUCUGACUGUCUGCUGGGGCCUAAAGAUGUCCAGGGCCAGAGAACCACCCCAGCCUUGCUGGAUGCCAAAGAGCUGCUUAGACACUUCACACCAGACGGCCUGCCCACCGGAGAUCUGCAGCCUCUAUUAGUCCAGAGACUAGACUACAGGGGAAAUACAUUCCAGAUGUCUCCAGACUUGACCCCCAGGAAAGUGACCCAGAUCCCCUUCAGUCAAGCAGCCAGUUCCCACUACCAUGGACUAGAGUUUUGUCUGGACGAGCAGGGCCACAAGGCCUUGGACCGGGACCAGGGCUUUGUCCGGCUGCAGUCCCGUCUGAUUCGCUACGAGACCCAGACCACCUGCUCCAAGGAACCUUGUCCCGUCCCCUUCGCCUUAAGCCCCGCCCCCUCGCCGGCCGUGCUGUCUGAACCAGGAAGUGUCCCGGACGGAGAGGCUCUCCUCAACUCUGACCUGCCCAGGAUCAAGAGACGAUCCUGGGAUACAGACGCCACCCACCCCCAUAAGAGGUUAGUGAGGUUUGUAUGGUCCUCUGGAGCUCAGUUGGUAGAGCAUGGCUCUUACAACGCCAGGAUAGGGGUUUAAUUCCCGGAGCCACCUACACAUAAAACAAAUGUUUGCAUGUUAAGUCGCUUUGGAUAAAAGUGUCUGUUAAAUGGCAUAUUAGAGGCAUCGUGUUCUAUAUAGGCGAAGGGUCCGUACGUACAGCCUGUGG